GGGAAGACCUAGUAUCUGCUAACUGGGAACAUUCCCAAGACUUUUAUUUUCAGGGGCUUGAGCUUUCCAUUUUCCAGAGCAGAAGUCCUAGAGUGGCUGUGGCUGGGCCCAGGGUUAGAGGAGUCCAGCCUGUGGUUAGAGCCCAGUCUCUGGAGAAUGUGGGGUCCUGACAGUUGGCAUGAGACCAUCGGGGAUGGGGCCGGGCAGGAUCCAGGCUUCUGAUCUCAGCAUUCUCUUACUGGUUCCUUCACACUUGUCCCUGUUGAGGGCUUUAAGAUGAUCCCCACUUGACUCACCAGGACACUGGGGCUUGGAGAGCUGAAGGGACUCCACCUCAAACACUGAGUGAUGAAUCCUGUUCCUUUUGGGGAAAGGGAGAUCAUUGAUUGCUUUGUUCUGAUUGUAAAUGGAAAACAUGGAGAAAUUAUAGUAGAGGAUAAGAUUGGAUAGAUAGGACAGUAAGAGAGGAUUUCUCAUUGGAGAAAUGAUAGAAGAGGAUGGGAGUGAAACGACAUUCACCCUAAUCCCAGCCUCCAGGGUUAAUCUCCCUCUACUUUACGCAUUCUGGGGUCAGCAUUUUCAUCAUCAAAUUUCUUCCACAACAUAACAAUCAAGGUCUCCAUAUUCCAGCAUGUGGACAGACCAUAAUUUGUUAAAGGGAUUCUAUAUCGUUGAAUGCCGAAGUUUGUUACCCACUUUUCCUGGCAUAAGUAACAUCUGAGUAAUGAUUCUCUACCAAGGUUUGUUGACAGGCUUAGCAGUGCUAUUCAAGAAAAGUAAAACUAUUGAAUCAAAGAAUCCUCAUUCUUUCAAGUCCAGGAAAGUUUUCUGAGUGGGGGAAGGGCUACCAUUGCAGGCCUUAUUGUUUUUCCAAUAUUCCUAGGGUCAAGCUCUGUCUCCCGUAUCCCCCAGCUGCCAUCCACUCACACCCAUGCCCCUGCUGGCCUGGAAUCCAUAGCUCUGUGGCUUCGACUACUCCAGAUCUUUCAUGCUAUUAGUUUGCUCCCCUGUGUCUUCUGUAGAGUCUUCCCCAAAGCUAAAUGGGCUGGGCACUAUGGGGAUAGGGCAGAGGUGGCCUUAUGAGAUGGUGGGAGGAAAGAGUGGUACUUCCUGGGGCAGAGAGUACAGUCUGGACACCUGUGUGGCAUAAGACCCCUUUCCCUCCUCCCCUCCUGCUCUGGUCAUUCAGUCCACAGUGAGCUUUGGGAUACCCAGGUACACAGGGUGACCUUUUCUUCCAGGACAGAUAUUGCCUUGGCAUUGAUGCAGGUUGUAGCAUAGCUUGUCCCCUGAUGCCCAGUGCAGGCCUGUUCUCUAACUUCCCCCAGUCUUAGGAUUUAGGCGUGUCUCUCCUAACCAGGAUGCAGAAAGUAAUUACUCAUGUGUUUUUCUUAUUCCUUCCUUCCAUUUUCCUUUCUCUUCUGUCCUUUUCCCUUGGUUUCUCUCUCUUACCCUGUUCCUGUCUUCCUGUUUUCCUGUCUCUGUCUCUCUCCCCUGGAGAGAUAUUUGUUGGGCCCUGGAGGCAUGGGGAGAGCAUCUGAGUCCAUGCAACAUACUGUUUGGGCCCUUGGAUGAGUGCCCAAUAAACUCAGCUUAGGACAACAACAAGGUUUUAGCUCUGACCUAAAAGCUCUAACACCUGAGAGAGGGGCAAGAGAGCCAGAAUCACUGUUGCCAGUUCUCACAGGGUUUGUGACCCAUUCAGUCCUGCUGGCCAUGGCAGCCUCCUAAGCUGGGGAGGGUCCUGGCAGUGGGGUCUGAGCUGAAGAUUGAGGAUCCCCACCUGGCAGCCUUGAACAGAAAUGGGGGAAUGACUUUUGUCUUCAGCCCAGGUCCAGGGCGAGCCUCAGCCAUCUGCCUGUGCUGUGGUGGCCUUAUGGGGUGAAGCACAGUGCCAGGCCUUGGGGGAGGCUGGGCAGGUGGGUGCAUGUGGGCUGGUGGAGGCCCUGGGCAGGAGCUGUGCCUCAUGCUGUUGUUAGUGGAUCCCCCAAAAAAAGGGAUUUGCACAGGGGAGCUCCUUGGUCUAAUCGGCUUCUAGACACCCACUGACUGCAGGGAGCCCAGUGACUGUGAGUGUGGGGAACCAGACUGAAGGCAGAGGGACGCUCCUUAGAGGACAGCUGCCAUCGCCCAGCUCAGAGGCCAGGGAGAUUCCUGGGGCAGGAGAAGAAGGGAGGGGACUGAGGACUGCAGAGGAGGUAGAAUAUGGGAAUUCUGGUGAUCCAUUGGAUGUGAAGGGCAUAGGAAGUGAUAGCACUGAGGUGCUGCCUUGCUCUUGAAUUGGUAGGAUUUAGGGCUAGUAAGCUUUGGUAUGUAAAAUGUGGAAACCCCAGAGAGGCAAGGCCACCAUCAUAACUUUCAUCUGCUAUCUGCUGCCCUUCCCAACUCUCCAAGCUUUCUAGCCUCUUCCACUGCUGUUGCAUGCUGGGUUUGUAUUAGGUUUCUUUGUUUUUUGUGUUUUGCCUCCCAAGACCUCUGAAGUCCUUGCCCUUCUGUGUGUCCGCCACGCAGGAGGGAGCUCUCCCACUUUGAAGUGAAGGUGGCUGUGAUUGAACCUGGUCACUUCAAGACCAAUAUGAGAAGCUUUGAGAGGCAUUUACAGAACCUCAAGGAGCUGUCGGACCAGGUCAGCCCUGAGGUCAAGGAGACCUAUGGGGAGAAGUUUCUGACAUCCCAUGAGUGAGUUCUGGACAAUGGGGCAAGAAACAAAUCCUUGUCUGGAAGUCUAGGUCCAUCAUUAGUGCCUCCAACAGUAUGAGAGUCUGUCCUCCAGACUCUGCCUCCCCAGCAAAGUGAGGACAUUUAGCUCCAUUCCCAGGGUGCCAUGUGGUCAACUGUUCACAUAAAGGUAGCAUCCAAGUUUCCUAUAAUUGGGACCACUGCCUCAUCUGAACCCCUCAUUAUUUUGCAGAGGAAAGUGAAGUCAGAGACAGUGGGCUCAUGGGCAGCUGGGUUUAGAGAUAGUUGAUUUUCAUAUUCUUAGGCUGUUAGUAGAGACCUUCAAUUUAUGAGUCCAGAUAUCUUAAAAAGAGAGGCUGAGGGAGCUUAGAGUGGCACAGAUGUUUCUCGGGUGAAGGUUGGGGCACUCUCUGGGGAAUAUGGAUAGAUUACACUUGAGGCAUAUCAUUUGGGGGGCCUGGAAUUCUUAGACACUAUCCUUCUAAUUCAGAGCUCUAAAUGGGAGGGAAGGGAUGUGCUAGUACAUUAAGGAUCUUUCCUGAUCCUUAACAGGCAUCAGAAAAGCAUCUAGAAGCCUUUGGGCAAAAUGCAGUAUGAAUAUAUCCUUGUUGACCCACUGCAUGGAGCACUCACUACUCCGCUGGCUGAGAUGCUAAUCUUCUCUACCUCCCCAUGAGUGUCAUGCCUACCUUCCUAUGGACGUCAUGCUCCACUGGGGCUCUCCAAGGCCGGCUAAGCCCCUAUGAAUCCAAGACUGGGGUGCAUGGUUGAGUGGAGUUGGGUGACCUGGGUGAGAUGAUGUGUCCUGGGGAGAGUAAUGGCAUGGUGGGAGGGAGCUCUCUUGUCAUCUGGAUGCCUAUUCCACCUUCUUCCUCAUGCCCUCAACAGAAUUCCACUGAGAUAUCACUCAGGACUGGCAACAUUAGGCGGAAAGAACUAAGGUGUUCUGCUAAAGAAUGGGACCCAGUGGCACUCAUAGGUGUCCUGUUGCCUUUGAGUCUUUUGAUCAAUUCUGAGGAGUCUACACAAUGGGAGGGUGUGAGGAGGGGAAGGAUCCACAGACCACAGCUUCUCUGCCUCCUGCACCUUCCUCAGGUGUGCAUCAACCUGGCCAGUCUAUUACACUCUCCCCAUGAUGGAAAUGGCCUGGAGGAAGUGGGUGAGGGCUCCUCUGAAUACACCUAUGGACAUGGUGUGGGGUGACAGGGCAGCCAGCCUGAUCCCUAGACCUCAGGUGCCAGCUCUGGGGGCACUGGCUGGCAAUGGUGUCCUCAAUAGGGAUUCUGACAGAAGACACAGGAACCAAUGUUUGACUUUCUUGAAACCAUGGGCUUCUCUGGUUACCUUUGUUCUAGAGCAAAGGCUGAAAAGUGCAGCCAUGUGCAGCAAGUUGCCUUCUAGUCUGAGGGGAACAUGGGCUGUGAGCUAGAGGGAGGAGGAGGCAGGUGCCUUCUUGGGGAUCUGGGGAUGAGAGGGACGAACUCAGGAGGAAAUUGAAGAGAGAAGUUGGAUUAUCCCUGCCCUGUCUCAGCCCUUUCUGCCACCAAGGUGAGGGGCAAUUGUUUUCUUUCCAGGAAUGAAUCAAGUAGCCUGGGAUCACAGGAGCACACAGAGGGACAAGGAAGCAAUGGCAUGUCACUAAGGCACUGGCAGGCCCCAGAUCCCUUCCCUGGGGCACCUGAGUCCUCUUCUUCUCUCAAGCAACCUCUUUGUAGCACUCAGUGACCGGCCCUCACUUUAACGUCAUUGCAUUUGGGAGGGGUACUGUUUCAUGGGGUGAGAAAUAGAGUGGUGGGAGGGAGCUCUCAAGGCCAGGGUCUUAUACCUCACUUCCCUCACCUCUGUUCUAGGUCUCUCCGGGGAUGUUAUUCAGGACUCCGGUGAUAUUAGGAGGAAAGAACCACAUUUUGCUGCUUAGGAAGGGAGACCCAAUCACAGAUAAUGGCAUCCCACUUCCUUGGGCCCUGAGCCUCAUGGCCCACCUGUCACCCUGAAGAAUCCACAUUUGUGGAAGGUCUUGAGCAACUGGGGGUAGGUGAGCCCACACCUGCUCUUCCUCCUGUCUACCUCAUCAGGGUGUGUCUUGGCCCUCAGAGUCUGUGCUCUCCCACUGGAGGGAAAUGGCCUGACAGAGGAGAGAGCUCCUCUCUUCUGAGAUACCUGUGUGCAUGGGGUGGGGAUGGGAAGUGCAGCUACCAACCUGACCUACCAGACCUUAGGGGCCAGCUCAGCAAGGAGUCCUGUCAUCUGAGAGAGGAAGGCAUUUCUAGCCCUGGGAGGAAGAGCCUUCUAUGUGGUCCUACAGCCCUCACACCCCACACCCUCAUGGACUGUGUGUUUAGUUUGAGACCAGGGGAACACUGCCAGCACAGAGGCCCAGGAGGUGCUGAGUCAGGCCCAGGCCUGCGCUGGAGCAGUUCUGAGUUAUCCUUAUUCUAGGUUUGGAGCCAACUCCUGGACCUCACCUGUGUCCUCAAGAACUGGGAUACCCACUGCCCCAGGUCUGCUCAGUCCUUGAGUGACAUGGUCUGACCUCUCCCAGCCAAGACUUCUCUGUUCAUUCACCCAGGAGGCAGACAGACACUGGGAGAUGGUUCCCAGAUCCCACAUAGGAGGUGCUCUGCCUCGAGGUGGUUAUGAAGUAGGUGCAGUUUGCUUUCUACCAUUUUCCACUUCCAUCCCCUACAAGUUUUGGGUCUGCUCUUCAAGGGUGGGUUCAUAAUCUGCCCCCCCCCCACUACUUUGUUAAGGAAUGACCAAACCCUGCAGGGCUUUCCCAAGGUGACACCUGCUUUAUGUGAUUCUACGCUCAUCAGACUUGGCAAGUGGUGGAUCACAGAGAUACAUCCUUUGUUCCUUCACACUAGAGAACUUUGUGGUCCCAUUUCUGUAUCAGACUCUCUAAGCCAUGAAGGUGUGAGCUGAGACCAGGCUCAUCCCAAGGGAUGGUGACCCUAGAUGUUGAUCCAAAGAAUCACAGGAGGCUCCAGCAUCAUUCCCCUGCAUCUUAUGAAAUUCUGGGUGUGGCCCCUCACUACUCACACCUCUGGUUUCCUUAUUUCCUUUCCUUUACCACCUUCCCUCUUAGUUUUCUGUAAAUUAUUUGCUAAAUUGCCUAGAAUCUCUUCUCCUCCAAGUCCCGACCCAGAGAAUUUUCUAUGUCUCUGGCCCCAGUUCUCUGCUCCUCCUAUAUCUCAUCCCCUCUUACAGUCAAGGCCUCUGCCCAGACAAUUCCCUCAGCUGCCCAGUGAACUCAUGAUCCCACCUCAUCAUCUUGCCCAGGGCCAGUCACUGAUGGCCUGAGUAUCAUCCCCAGGGGGUGUCAGGCCUGAGUCCCCCAGGUCUUUCUGCUUUCUGGUGGCUAAGUUUCACAUCACCAGCCUCCCCUAUAGGAGGGCCCUGCUGCCACUAGCCUCAGGACAGUGGAGGUACAUCCACCUUAGGAGAAAUCCAUUGCUUUUCAUCCUCUCUCCUGGUGGAGACUUACCUAAGAAUUCCAGAGAGCUGACGACCUGCAACUUGUUUCUCUUGGGGUUUGGAAGGUACAGAACUAAUGUUGUUUGUUUUACAUUAAUAAAAUUGUCUUGAGUAUUUUCCCUGAAAAUAAAACUUAAACUUAUUUACAUACCUGCACUCAUUACAAAAGAUUUUGAUCUCUGGAGACCAAAAUCCCUAGGCUGGGUUGGGGGUAGGGUGGCGACAGGAUUUCUAGGGGAGCUGUCUGGGGUGAGUCCUCCUUUUUCAUUUGCCUCCCUUACACCACCUGGGUGAACCACCACUCAUCACCAACAUUGCCAGUGGCUUCUUUCCCAUUCUUGGCAGCUUUACCCAUCAGGGCAGGGGGAGAGAAGGAGGCAGCCACCAGUGCUGUCAGAGGUGACAAGGCUUCAGGUUGGACUUGAAUUUCUUGCAUCUGAGCUAAUUGCUGUGGUGAUGCAUCCACCUAUAAAAAUUACAGCGUGGCUCACCCAGGGACCUAGAUUUGUUGCAAGCUGUGGGAGGGAGGUGAGUUCUUCCAGGUGGUUUCCUGUAGACUGCCUGCUAGGGCUCAGAGGACCAGCUUCUUCCCUGCUGUCUCCUGAGCCCACUCCCUCUUGGCCAUCACAUUCUCCUGCCCUAUGGCGGCCCUCACAGACCUCUCAUUUAUGUACCGCUGGUUCAAGAACUGCAAUCUGGUUGGCAACCUCUCGGAGAAGUACGUCUUUAUCACAGGCUGUGACUCUGGCUUCGGGAACCUGCUGGCCAAACAGCUAGUUGAUCGGGGCAUGCGGGUGCUGGCUGCUUGCUUCACUGAGGAGGGAGCCCAGAAACUUCAGCAGGAUACCUCCUAUCGGCUGCAGACCACCCUACUGGAUGUCACCAAGAGUGAAAGCAUCAAGGCGGCGGCCCAGUGGUUGAGGGACCAAGUGGGCGAGCAAGGCCUCUGGGCCCUGGUGAACAAUGCUGGUGUGGGCCUGCCCAGUGGUCCCAACGAAUGGCUGACCAAGGAGGACUUUGUGAAAGUGAUUAAUGUGAACCUGGUGGGACUGAUCGAAGUGACCCUUCACAUGCUGCCCAUGGUCAAGAGAGCCCGGGGCAGGGUUAUCAACAUGUCCAGCUGUGGUGGUCUUGUGGCUGUCAUCGGUGGUGGCUACUGCGUCUCCAAGUUUGGCGUUGAGGCCUUCUCUGACAGCAUCAGGCGUGAGCUCCACUACUUUGGGGUAAAGGUCUGCAUCAUUGAGCCAGGGAACUACCGGACAGCCAUUCUGGGCAAGGAGAACCUGGAGUCACGCAUGCGAAAGCUUUGGGAGAGGCUGCCUCAGGAGACCCGGGACAGCUAUGGAGAGGAGUAUUUCCGUAACUAUACUGACAAGUUAAAAAACAUAAUGCAGGUGGCAGAGCCCAGAGUCAGAGAUGUCAUCAACAGCAUGGAGCAUGCUAUUGUUUCCCGGAGCCCUCGCAUCCGCUACAACCCUGGCCUGGAUGCCAAACUCCUCUACAUCCCCCUGGCUAAGUUGCCCACCCCUGUGACAGAUUUCAUCCUGAGCCGGUACCUUCCAAGGCCAGCGGACAGUGUCUAAACUGGGGAGGCUCAAUGGGUCAGUGGAGCCUAGAAGUGGGGGUGGAAGGAAGGACGGUGGGGUCACAAAAGGUGGUAUCAGAUAUCCUGGGGACACUGGUUGCAAAGGACGCUUGGCUCAGCUGACACCCACUGCUGUCGAAUUUACCAGUAACUUCUAACAGAAGAUGAAUGCCUCUUCCCACCCUCUGGGACCACACAGAAACCUGAGGUGGUGUUUGCAAGUUCAGCGAUCUGCAGCAAUGGCUCCAAGGACAUCUGUCACCCAGUCAGGAUAUGGCCUUUUCUGGUCCUGGAAAAGUCAUGGAGAAGAAAACCAGCUCCUGAGGAUUCAUAAGCCCCUUUCAGUUAUCACUGCCACUGAGAAAUACUGUGGGAUAAUCUUGCCUCCAGGAGAAUCUAACCACCUUCCUACUGGGUCCCUCAAUAUGCAUGACUUCAUUCACAUAACCCAUCACUGAAGUACAUAGUAGGGCAGAUAGGGAGUGCAAGAUUACAUCAGACAAAAGUUUAAAAUAUUUUCUCUCUUUUUAGAUUCUUCUAUCUAUAGGUGAUUGGGAUCCACAUGAAAUAAUUCAUUUAUUUAAUCACCAUUGAGUAAUUUUUCAAAUAUUUCUUGAGCACCUACUACCUACCAGGCACUUUGUAGGUGCUGGAGGAAUAUAAAGAUGAUUAAACCAUGGUCUUGGUUAUUUAUUGUUUAUUUUGUGUUUUGCUUUGCUUUGUUUUAGCACAAUAUCUAGUAGCUUAGUUAGGACAAACAAUGAUAGAAGGAAUAGAAAACAGAAUACAAAUUUUUAGAGCUAUGAAGGACCCUGGAGGUGUUCAUCCAAUACUUCAAAAAAUUGGCUGUACCUUGUAAUCACCCAGUUAAUUAAAAAAUACAGACUCCUGCACCAAUAUUAGAAAAUCUGAUUCAGUAGGACUGAGACAAGACCCAGAAGUAUGUAUUUGUAACAAGGACCUAGAAGAUUCUGAUGCACCUGAGCAAUUGGGAGCCACUUAUUCCAUAGAAUAAGUAACUUAACACUCAGAGGGGGAAGUGACCUACCUAAGCCUCCAGCUUAGUAACUAAGACAAGGAUAGAAAUGAGGCGUUCAGACUCCCAGACCAGGAUUCUUUUACAGUUAUAGGAAAAUCCAUUUCUGAAGUUAGUAACACUGUCAAAUAAGUCAUUGAACUAAUUUUUUAAAAAAAGACUUAAACUCCUGGAUCAUAUGAAGUUCUAUUGAAAAGACUUUUUUUGAUCUUGAUAAAUGGUCAUGUAAUAAAGGUCAAAUGUUAUUUUUUUAACUAAAAUAUCUUUAAGUUGGGUCUCUUCAACAUCUGAAAAUAAUAAAAUAUAAUCCAGGUAUAUCUGCAAAGACUCUUUCCAAAUAAGGUGACACUCACAGGUUCCAGGGGUUAGCUUAUAGAUAUAUCUUUGGGGAGCUACCGUGCAACUCACUACAGUUUUAGCACUUCUAUUCCUGGCACCAAAUUCUAAAUCAGAUAGAAUGCACUCAACAACAAGUAACAGAAAAGCCAACUCACAAGUAACAGAAAAACCAACUGGCUUAGACAAUGAAGAAUGAGGGCAGGGCUCAGUGGCUGAACGAUGGCAUUAAGGCUGUAGGCUCUUUCUACUUCUUUGCUCUGCUACCCACAGUUUUAGCUUUACCCUUUGUUAUUGUGGUGUGACUGCCAGGCAAAGAGAACUCUACAUUUCCUCAUUCACAACUUAAAGAAGAAGAAAGAGCCUGCCUUUCCGCAGCAUUCAAGACUGAAGAAGUUUCUUUCCUAGAGCCCUCAUCACACGUCUCCUUGAAUCUCAUUGGCCCAAAUUGGUUUAAGCUUAUCCACCCCUGACAAAGAGGUAAAUUGCUAUGUAUUGCUUAGAUUAAUCACGGGACAGAUGGGAUGUUGGGAAAUCAGUCACAAUGCCUACCACCUUGGAAAAUGCAAAACUCAGACAUUGUGCUCUUGAGAGGGUUGAACAAAGGUCAAAAAUAAAUUUUCUGAAGACACAAAAAUCUACUAAGGGGAAAUUGGCUAGCUAAUAUUUUGAGAUGAUAAUUUACACUUUUUCAUUCCUCCUUGUUUUUUUAUGUCCCCUUCUUCCAUUCAAAUGGAUAGCCAAUUUGGUACUUCUUUACCUAGGGUGAGAUGUUUGAUGGGAUAAAACAUACAAAUUUCCUGCACUUUCUCCAGCUUUAGUCUCCCCCAACCCUAAUAUAUUUAGAAAAAUUAUAGAGUUUGGGGAAAGAAGUAAAACAGAAUGUGACUUAUGGGUGUACCAAAUGACUCAGAGAAACAUAGACUUUCCCCUAUGACAAAGAGAUUCACUCUGAUUAGAGAAGAAGGUCAUGUUUGGGGUUCCCAGAAAAGGAGGGACCAGGGCUCACUUUCUGGAAGCACCGUGGGGUCACACCAUGGCAAGGUGACAAGACUCAAGAGUCACAGCUACAUUGUACGUUUAGGCAGCCGAGGCUCCAGAUGACCUCACAGGAGACUCAUGUGUCCCACCAUGGCAGGAAGGUAAUAGAAAUUUGCUAGAUAUAAAGGGCAUGUAGACUGGAACAGAAGACACUAAAGUGGCAACUUUUAGAAGAUAAAAGUCUUAAUUUUUUGGUCUGAGGGCCAUCUCUCCACCUCAUCAUUAAUAGCUGAGGUAUUUUUUGAACUUAUGAGCUGAGAUUCAUAUAUGCUCCAGAGUUACAUUUUGGUUGAUUUCAUAUUAGGACCAUGACCUUUCUUACAUAACUUUUGUAUUUUCCUGGAGUUUUGAAUUGCCUUUUCUUGUUCAUUUAUUCAGCUUCUUAAUCAUUUUUAUCUCCAUUUUUAAAGUAGGGGAGUAAUGUGAUCUGAUUUAUAAUUUUAAAAGAUCACUGGGGGGCUCCGUGGAGACUGAAAGAGCAAUGGUGGAAGCAAGAAGGCCAUCACAUAAUCCAGGCAAGAGAUGAUAGUGCCCUAAGCUGAAAUGGUGUUAGCAGGAAUGAUGAUAAUAGGUAAAAUCAAUAUAUAAUUUGGAGGUAGAACCAUUAAUGGACUUUAAUCAUUAGUCAGUCUGUCAAGAAGAGUUUAUCAGGCUCCUACUAAGUGCUAAAUGUGGUUCCAGAUUCUAGAGUUAUAGUGGGGUAUAAGACAGAGUCCUUGCCCUCAAAGAGUUUAUAUUCUAAUGGAGGGAGGGGUUGGCCAAUAGACAUAUAACAAAGUGAAUGAAAUAAUUUUAUAUACUGAUAAGUGCUGUGGAGAAAAGAAAAUAUAAUAAUGUAAUAGAUGACUAGGGAGGCUGCUUACUGUUUUUUCUAAUCAACAUUAUUGAGGUAAAGUUUGUAUUAAAAGAAAUGCAUCCAACUAAGUAUCCAGUCUGAUGAGUCUUGUCAUAUGAAUACACCUGUACAACCACCACCAGUCAAAAUAUAAAAUGUUUUUCUCAUCCUAGAUGGUUCCCUUGUACCUGUUUGCAGUUAAUCAUCCCUCCUCUCCACCCUGGCUCCAGACAACCACUGAUGUGUUUCUGUCACUAUAGAUUCAUUUUGAGGCUGCUUACUUUUCAAAAAGACCACUUUUGCUGCCAUUGAGGAAUGAAUAGGAAUGAACUGGAUUGAAGGGGUGCAAGUCUAGACAUGAUAAGAGAAAUGUGACAAUAAAGUAAUAGAAAUAAAAAUAAUUGGUAUUUAUUGGACAUUUAUUCAGUCCAAGCACUGUGCUUAGUAUUUCCCACACAUUAUCCAUUCAAUUUUAUUCAACCUCUGCAACAAGUCCUG